AUGACAGCGAUUGAAAGAUUAAUUAAUUGCGGUAUUUGUCACCGAAGAUUUAACGAUCCACGUAUAUUAAGUUGUUCGCAUACAUACUGUCUUCGGUGUAUUCGAGAAAGUGUGUCGAUCCAUUCAAAUUAUUUUGAAUGUCCUCAACGCGAUGGAGCUAAAGUAUCGAAAAAUUUUAUUGACGAAUUAGCAGUAAAUCGAACUGCUUGUGAUAUGAUCGAAUCUAUAGCCUUAACUGACGGUACGAUUCCAUGUUCGAAUUGCGAUUCGAUAGUAUCUGAACGUUGGUGCAGUAAUUGUAUUAGAAGUUAUUGUGCAAGAUGCUGUCGAGAGAUUCAUGAAAUGCCUGCAUUAGAAAAUCAUCAUAUAGUGCCGUUGAAAGAAAAACUAGCUGAAUAUGUGCCUUGCAAAAGUCAUUCAGAUGAAAAACUAAAAUAUUGGUGUCUGAAAUGCAACACAUAUGUUUGUAGUGAUUGCAUAUUGGAUGCACAUCAAGAUCAUCCGUAUACGUUAAUUCGUCGAAUAGCUGAUGAUUUGCAGAAGAAGGUCAAUGAUGAUUUAUCUAAAAUUGAAGUAUUGUUAAAGAGUAAUUUGAAGGAAACCAAUACUUCGAUAACGAAAAUCAACGAUGAACAUCAAGAAAAAAUCGAUAUGAUUGUUAGUUCGAUGAAAUUCCUUAGACAAAUUCUUGAACAACACGAAGAAGAAUUAUCAAGAAAAAUCGAAACUAUUGAUCGAGACAAUAAUCAACUUAUGGAAGAUUUCAGAAUUCGACUAGAAAAUGAAUUAGAAUAUUUAGAAAAUCAAAAGACCACAUUAGACAUACUUCAAUCAAGUCGAGAUCCAAUGAAAAUAAUACGCGCUCGACAAGGAUUUAUUGAUUAUACUGAUCGAAUAAAACGAAUUUUACUAGGAUUACGAUUGCCAGCUACGCAUAAUUAUCAUAUAGAAGGCAUCGAUCAAAUACAAAUUGCAAGAGAGAAAAUUCUCGAAUGUGGAAAGUUUAUUGAAGGUUUAACACCAACGAAUAGAAACAUUGAAUAUUCCAAUCAACGCCUCGAAAGCUUAAUAGUUGAUUAUCAAAGAAAAGAAGAAUGGCCGUUUGAAAAACGCGAUUUAACGGAUCAAGACAUGAAAAUAGUAGCUGAUGCGUUAAAAGAAAACACCGUAGUUACUAAACUUGACCUCUCACAAUGCAAAAUCGACGAUCAAGGAAUAGAAUAUCUAGCUGAUGCUCUCAGACAAAAUAAAACACUAAAAUCGCUUGAUUUACAUAAAAAUCAAAUAAACGAUUACGGAAUGCAAUAUUUAGCUGAAGCGCUUACAUACAACAAAACAUUAACUAAACUUGAUCUCUCUCAAAAUAUAAUUACUGAUCAAGGAAUUCAAUCUUUGUCUAAUAUGCUUCAACAAAAUCAAACACUCACUGUCAUUCAUCUUUCUCAAAAUCAAAUCCGGGACCAAGGAGCACAAUAUCUCGCGAAUGCUCUAAGACAAAAUCAUACAUUGGAGACUCUUCAUCUUUCCCAAAAUCUUAUUGCCGAUCAAGGAGCACAAUAUCUUGCCGAUGCUCUCACACAAAAUAAAGCAUUGACUACACUCAAUCUCUAUUGGAAUCAUAUUGGUGAUUUGGGUGCGCAAAGUUUCGUUCAGACUCUUCAAGCAAACAAUGAUUUACAUACACUUCUCCUUUCGCGUAAUCGAAUUGGCAACGAUAGUGCAAAGCAGUUCAUUGAUGUUCUCAAACAAAAUACAACAUUAACAACACUUAGUCUUCAUGAGAAUCGCAUUGACCAGCAAACACAAAAUUAUGGAAAAAAUAUUCUAAAAAUUCAUAAAGGACGAGUGACUGUCAAUUGGUAA